UGUGUGUGUUGGUUAUGAGGUUGCAAAUCGGGAGAAGAUGAAGAAAGGAGUACAUCCACAGAAGCAAUGGAUAACUUACGUUACACAAACGGGAAGGUUGAUGCAUGUGAUGAUGACAAAGAUACACCCUGUUGGGAAAGUCUACCACUUCCGGGCUAAGCGUCAAAUGGCGGAGAGUUUAGGACAGAUUGCUAAGUUCAGACGCCGCUUUGGGCUAGAAAAUCCAGGUGGCAAUGAAAAAUAACUUGUUCAAUGAGCAGAGGGAACUUUGGCUUUUAUUUCGUUCAAGUGGAUGGAAAUAACAGGGAAAUUGGUGAUACUCUCAAGCAGGUUUUCGUAGCAUUCAAUGUAUCUAGUUAAACUGCAGAAAUGUUUCGUUCUUCAGUUCGAGUGUUGUUUUUAGCAGUUGAGAUUUUUUGCAAUGCUAGUUUAAGCUGGGAUUCUUUGUUGGCACUUUUGGACAUUGCAGGAAGAGAAAAAAUGAAGUUGGGGACUAGAACACAGUUGUUUUUAUGUUGAAGGAUCAAAUUACUAGUUUGAACCGAAUAAUCAUGCUGAAUGAUUAUUUGGUCCAUUAGCAUAGAUCUUGUCGGACACCAGUGCAACCAUCAAAGUAUGCCCUUUUUAAUUUGUUCAUACGUUUUUGUUUGGGAUUGGCUCUCUAUUAUCAACAUUAUCUUUGUUUGUUCAUA